AUGGCGCCGUCCACCUCGUCGUCGUCCGACGCGUCGUCGACCGAUCCGACGCGGUUCGUCUCCUCCGCCGCGAAGGCGCAGCAGGCGAACCAGGGCGCGGCGCAGGUGUGGGCGCAGAUCACCGCGCUCGCGGCGGAGCCCGGGGUCCUCGACCUCGGCCAGGGGUGGCCGGACUUUGGCGCGUCGGACGUCGCGCGAGACGCCGCGGCGGCGGUCAUCGCGGCCGACGACGACCCGCGCGCGAAUCAGUACUCCGUCAUCUCCGGGCGACCGGAGCUCGUGACCGCGCUGAAGCGGUAUUACGAAGCCACCGGGUCGUCGCCGAGCGACGUUCUCGUGACGUCCUCGGGCACGGAGGCGUGCUACGUCGCGAUGCGCGCGCUGCUGGACCCGGGGGACGAGGUGAUCUUUCUGGAGCCCUUCUUUCCGUGGUACCUCUCUCACGCGAAGCUCUGCGGCGCCGUCGCGCGAACCGUCCGAAUGAAGCCGACGCGAUCGAACUCGAACUCGAACGACGACGAGACCGGAACCGGAACCGAGCGGCUGCGAUUCGCGCUGGACGAGGACGCGCUCAGGAGGGCGUUCGAGGAAGGGAGAGGGAAGACGAAGUUGUUCGUGCACAACUCGCCGCACAAUCCCACGGGCGCGGUGAGCUCGAGGAAAGACGUCGAGCUCGUCGCUCGGCUGUGCCAGGAGUUUGACGUCGCGGUGCUCGCGGACGAGGUCUACGAGCGGUGCACGUUCGUAGAGCCGUUUCACCGGAUGAUGGACGUGGAAGGGAUGGCCGAACGGACGAUCACCGUCGGCACGUCGUCGAAACUUCUCGCGCUGACGGGCUGGCGCGUCGGAUGGCUCGCCGGUCCUCCCGCGCUGAUCGCCGCGUGCAAGACGAUGCACUCGUACACGACGUACUGCGCGCCGACGCCGCUGCAGCUCGGCGUCGCCGCGGCUUUGGACGUCAUCUCCGAAGACGCGAAGGGGGCGGUGUCGGCGGACGCCGCCGCCGCGACGAUGGCGCGAAACGCGACGCUCCUCGCCGCGGCGUUGACCGACGUCGGGUGCGUCCCGAUCGAGCCCAGCGGCGGGUACUUCCUCGUCGUCGACGUCUCGCCGUUAGGGUUGACGUCCGUGGAGUACUGUACGAAGCUCGCGACCGAGGCGAAGAUCGCCGCGGUGCCGCUGGACGUGUUUUACCACGACGACGACGGCGACGCGAGCGGCGGCGGGAAGGGCGCGGGUGACGGAGAAGACGCCGCGGCCGCGCCGCCGAAUAAUUACGUUCGGUUCUGCGUGUGUAAGCGGCGGGAGACGAUCGAGACGUGCGCGGCGGCGAUACGCGCGAACCCGGUGAGGAAGUGA